AGUCUUUGACACGUAUUUGAAGGCACGCACGCAUUGGAAGAGUAAAGUCUAUAAGUAAGCAAAUGAGAAACACUGAUAAACCCAUCUUAAUUCCUUUAUUUUGUUCUACUUAUACUUCUAUAGUUUUCAUCAACUUACACACAAAGAUCUCAUAUCUUGAUUCAAAGUGUACUCAUACACCAUCCAACAAAGAUUUGUGGGGUAUUAUAUUAUAAAUGGGGGUAUCUGUUACUGAUUUAUCAAAUGGAUCCAAUAAUAUGAGCAGUUCAAGUCGGUUAAGUGAUUACAGACCUCAACAUAUGAUUCUUGAAAAAAUUCAUUCAUUUGUUAAAGAAGAAAAAAUGGAUUCAGAAAAACUUGUUGAAAGCAAAAGUGAUUCUGAAAUGAAAUGUAAACAAGUUCCAGUGAUUUCUCUGCCUGAAGCAGUGGUUUUUUGUUCUCCAAGACCUGUGUAUGAGCUUGAUGCUGCUGCAACUAAACUUCAAAAGGUUUACAAGAGUUAUCGUACUAGAAGAAACCUUGCAGAUUGUGCUGUUGUAGCAGAAGAGUUAUGGUGGAAAGCAUUGGAUUUUGCUGCUCUUAGAAGGAGCUCUGUUUCUUUCUUUGAUGUUAAGAAACAAGAAACCGCUGUCUCGCGUUGGGCUAGAGCAAGAACAAGAGCAGCUAAGGUGGGAAAAGGUUUAUCCAAGAAUGAAAAGGCACAAAAAUUAGCAUUGCAACAUUGGCUUGAAGCUAUUGACCCGCGUCAUCGAUAUGGACACAAUCUUCACAUGUAUUAUGAUAUCUGGUUUGAGAGUCAAAGUACACAACCAUUUUUCUACUGGUUGGAUGUUGGAGGUGGAAAAGAAAUAAAUCUUGAGAAAUGUCCAAGGAACACACUACAACGCCAAUGUAUUAAAUAUCUUGGACCAAAAGAAAGAGAGGAAUAUGAAGUAAUUGUUGAAAAGGGAAAGCUAGUGUAUAGACAAGAUGGGAGAGUUGUGGAUACUAAUGAGAAAUCAAAAUGGAUAUUUGUUCUUAGCACCACAAGAGCUUUGUAUGUGGGGAAAAAGCAAAAGGGUAAAUUUCAACACUCAAGCUUUCUUUCUGGUGGUGCAACCACAGCAGCUGGUAGAUUAGUAGCUCAUCAAGGUGUUCUUGAGGCUAUUUGGCCAUACAGUGGUCACUACCAUCCAACUGAAGAGAAUUUCAAAGAAUUUAUAAGCUUUCUUGGAGAGCACAAUGUAGACCUUACAAAUGUUAAGAGAUGUGCCAUAGAUGAUGAUACUCCUUCAUUUAUUGGAAGUAAUUCAUUUAAUGACAUUAAUGAAUCACUACAAACAAAGGGUCCUAUGGUGAAGGUCGACGAGAGCAACGUAACAACAACAAUUCAUAAAAACGAUGCUGUUGCGGUAUUUAACGCUUCAAGGAGGUUGUCUUGCAAGUGGUCAACAGGGGCUGGUCCACGUAUUGGGUGUGUUCGUGAGUAUCCAGAACACUUGCAAUCAAAAGCGUUGGAACAAGUUAAUUUGUCUCCAAGGCCCAGUUCUACACGAUACAACAAAUUUGGCCCAAUUCCCUCUCCUAGGCCUAGCCCAAAAGUUAGGAUGUCACCUAGGCUUGCGUAUAUGGGAUUGCCCAGUCCAAGAAACCCAAUUUCAACUGCAAGUUAAAGGAAGUUUCCGAGGAAUUAGUGGGCCUUUCUUCAGACCAAAAAUGGGCCAGCUUGUUACAGCAAAUGGUACUUCAUGUGGUAGAGGACUAACUGGAAUUUCCCUCUUUUUUAAUUUUUUUUUAAUUAAUCCGAAAUUCGUUUAUUACUUCAUUUUUUUUUUAGGAAUUUGAAUUUAUGACAUUAGGUCCUUCGGCCAUUUUUUCCUCUUUCUCGGGGAAGGCAGGAAAAUUUAACUGUAAUUCUUUUUGCAGUACAUAUUAUAAUUCUUGUUUUUUAUUUUAACAUA